AUGGCUGUAGCCUCUGCCAACUCGCAGGAUAAAGUGUGCACCUCUCUUCUCAAUCACCUGGGCUUGCUGAAGGAACGCGAUAGCCAUGGUGGGAUCGACCCAAAGCUUCUGGUCAUCCACCCAGGAAGCAAGACCGUGCACUUGAACGAACUCGCUCAAAGAACAGGUAUCGAGUUUCGGGAGAUGCUCUUUUUCGACGACCGUGCGAUGAAUGUCCGCGUCGCACAAAAGCUUGGGAUCAGUGCCUAUCAGGUCUCGUCGCUGGAGGGCCUCACAUACAAGGCCUUUGCUGCUGGGCUUCAAACCUGGCGCAGUGACAGGCGCUCAAGCAGCGCGUUGUCUUCGUGGCUUCAACCACAGCCGAAGAGUCUUCCCGGCGCAGAUGUUGCAGCAGCGGCCACGGCACCGCCGCCUUUAGUUGUGGAUCUCAUCGACGACGCAGUCGAGGCCGAAAGCCCGCCUGAGCUUGCGACGGCUUCAGGCAGCGGCAGCGACCUGGCGGCGGUGACA